AUGGUGGAGGUACGACCUGGAGGACCCAACUCUUCCUCCUCUCCCUCAUCCUCCUCUUCCUCUCCCUCCGUCUCCUCAUCCACCUCUCCACUCAGCCCCACAGAGGUACGGACACACACAACACUCACAACACACACACACACACACACACACACCCUGUUUAUGCACCAGUCUAUUUAACCACUUCAUCCUAGGAUCUAGACAACACACACACACACACACACAGGUCUAUUUGACCAGUUCACCCAACACCACUUAGCUGAUCCUCUCUCAUGAUUAUAUGAAUGUGUGUAAAGCCCAAACACACAGACUAGCAUAGUAAUGAUGCUGUACGCUGCUACGUAGGCCUGUCAUAUAUCUACUAUGACCUUUUCAGAGUGUGUGUGUGUGUGUGUGUGUGUGUGUGGUGUGUGUGUGUGUGUGUGUGUGGCGGAUGGUAGAGUGUGUGUAUGUGAGUAUUGACAGUCAACGUGAAAUCAUUACAUCUCUUUAAUUGAUUUUGAAUGUGGUGUGAAAAGGUGUGUGUGUGUGUGUGUGUGUGUGUGUGUGUGUGCCAUAAACCCCUGUGCUUAUGUGGACUGUAUGUUUGCAGAUCCACACACACACAUUCAACAAAGCAGGAUUCUCUCUAUUUCUCUGCAUCUAUAACCAGUGACAUUAGACUGUUGUCCAAUGAGACCUUCAAACCAUGUUAAUAACCAGUCACAUUAGACUGUUGUCCAAUGAGACCUUCAAACCAUGUUAAUACUACCAGUCACAUUAGACUGUUGUCCAAUGAGACCUUCCCACUGAGGAUAGCCUUUCACUUGAGGCCUUUGUCGGCGAACUGGGCCCACGGACAUUCACACACACAAACGUUUCCCUGCUCUCUCAUAUAUAUGUGUAUAUCGCGGCCUCGGUGGCGGACGAUAACGCCCCGCCAUGCUCAGCAGACCGCAACAUUAGUAACGCACCACAAAAACACACACACCAUCUCACACCAUGACACACACAUCAGAGGCCAAAUGAACCACCGAUUCUCAAACCAUGUUAAUACAUACACAUUAGACGUGCAAGAGACUUCAGAGAAAGUGAAGUAAGGCAUAGACUGUUGUCCCAUGGACUUAAACUGGGAAUAAGGGAAUCAAGGAGGCAUGUUUUGCAUGAGAGUGUCAACGUGUGUUAUGGUACAUUGAUGUUGUGCCUGGACCUCACCUGUAUUACGGUGGAGUUAUUUAAUAUGGGUUAGGACGGUGUGUUUAUAACCAGGUGGGUUUGUAUCUUAGACAAUGACCUGCAAACAUUAAAAAGGAAUAACUGUUGUGUGGACUCAAGCAUUGUGUGAUAACGUAUUGAUGUGUGGUGCAUGAGUCUUGAAACCAUGUGUAGCAAUCGCGAUUAGCUGGGAGGUUUUAAACAGUAAUACCAUCUCUAGCUUCUGACCACUUGUACCACCUUCAAAAAUCCAUCUCUCCAUAACACACACAUAGACGUUUCCAUCCUCCCAACUCCCAUCAAGCAUCCUGAUGCUUACGAGAAGGGACAGAGAUAAAAUGUUCCCCUCAUCCCUGGAGGAUCAGCUUUCCAGAGGCUUGUGCGGGCGGGGAACGGGCCACGGGAGCAUCUCACACACAAAACCGUUCCCUCUCUCUCAUUAGGUGAUUGUUUAUGCCUGACCGGUGGGACGAUAACGCCCCGCCACGCUCAGCAGACCGCAACAUUAGUAACGCACCACAAAAACACACACACCAUCUCACACCAUGACACACACACAGACCAAAAUGGCCAAAUCACCUCAGCCGCAGCUCUCCGCACCGAUGAUGACUGAUAACACAGAAAGGGAGCAAGAGGAGAGAGAGAGAGGAGAGGGAGGGAUAUCUGCUUGUCCCAGGACUUAGAGGGGGGAAAGAGGGGGUCAGGAGGGCAGGUGUUUGGGGGGUGUGGUGUGUGUGUGUGUGUGUGUGUGUGUGUGCGCGCCUCCCACUGGUCCUUGGGGAGUUUUAAUACUGGGGGUGUGGACGGUGGUGUUUAUUUAACCAGGGGGGUUUGUAGUCUUUAGACAUUAACAUGAGGAGUAUUAGAGGAGAUCUGUGUGUGACUCUAGAGGAUUGUGUGUGUGUGUGUGUGUGUGUGUGUGUGUGGUGUGUGUGUGUAUGCGCGCACAGGGGGGUUUUAAAGAGGCAUCUUCUCAGCUUCUGACCUCUGUGUACUCAACCUCAGGAGAAAGUCCAUCUGCUCCUACACACACACACCUUCUCUCUCACACACACACACUCCUGUUUUGAUUGACAGAUGAAUGAAGGGUUCAUACCUUUGACUGGCUCUGGGUCGAUGGAAAAAGCAGGAACUGAUCUAAUUCAAUGUCUAGCCUAAACUCUGGAUUGGAAAAAGAAACCAGUUGUCAACUUCUGAGAGGAAACAUUCAGAUAAUAUAAGUGGUUGUAAUCAUCUCACAGAGGAAGACCAUGACGGCCGAAACGUCAUGAGAUUUAACUCAGUAUAGAUACAUAAAGUAUGCCAUUUUUAAUUGGGAGCGAGAGUGGCUCCUGUUCCUUUCAGAUCUAGAAUAAGCCCACUGCCAGAGAAGGAGACUAAUUGCUGAUAUUGUUUACUAAAUGCAUCAUUUGAAACUAAGCAGACAAAUUGCUAUUGUUGUGUGCAUGUCUUUCUCAAUCAGCUGCCUACACACCACACACACCCCUGCUGAACUAUCUCUCUCUACACCCCUGCUGAACUAUCUCUCUCUACACUACACCCCUGCUGAACUAUCUCUCUCUACACCCCUGCUGAACUAUCUCUCUCUACACCCCUGCUGAACUAUCUCUCUCUCUACACCCCUGCUGAACUAUCUCUCUCUCUACACCCCCUGCUGAACUAUCUCUCUCUACACCCCUGCUGAACUAUCUCUCUCUACACCCCUGCUGAACUAUCUCUCUCUACACCCCUGCUGAACUAUCUCUCUCUACACCCCUGCUGAACUAUCUCUCUCUACACCCCUGCUGAACUAUCUCUCUCUACACCCCUGCUGAACUAUCUCUCUCUGCACUUGUCAUCUCCCGUCUGGAUUACUGCAACUCGCUGUUGGCUGGCCUCCCUGCCUGUGCCAUUAAACCCCUACAACUCAUCCAGAAUGCCGCAGCCCGUCUGGUGUUCAACCUUCCCCAAGUUCUCUCCACGUUCACCCCCCCACCCCCCCUCCUCCGCACACACACUGGCUUCCAGUUGAAGCUCGCAUCUGCUACAAGACCAUGGUGCUUGCCUAUGGAGCAGUGAGGGGAACGGCACCUCCGUACCUUCGGGCUCUGAUCAGUCCCUUCACCCAAACGAGGGCAUUGUUGUUUCAUCCACCCUGGCCUGCUGGCUCCCCUUCCUCUGCGGAAGCAUAGCUUCCCGCUCAGCCCAGUCAAAACUGUUCGCUGCUCUGGCACCCCAAUGGUGGAACAAGCUCCCUCACGACGCCAGGACAGCGGAGUCACUCACCACCUUCCGGAGACAUUUGAAACCCCACCUCUUUAAGGAAUACCUGGGAUAGGAUAAAGUAAUCCUUCUACCCCCCCCCCCCCCCCCCCCCCAAAAAAAAAUUGUAAAGUGGUUAUCCCACUGGCUAUAGGUGAAUGCAACCAAUUUGUGAGUCGCUCUGGAUAAGACGUCUGCUAAAUGACGUAAAUGUGCCCUUGAGCAAGGCACUUAACCCUAAUUGCUCCUGUAAGUCGCUCUGGAUAAGAGCGUCUGCUAAAUGACUAAAAUGUAAAUGUAAAUGUACACCCCUGCUGAACUAUCUCUCUCUACACCCCUGCUGAACUAUCUCUCUCUACACCCCUGCUGAACUAUCUCUCUCUACACCCCUGCUGAACUAUCUCUCUCUACACCCCUGCUGAAACUAUCUCUCUCUACAACAACCCCUGCUGACUAUCUCUCUCUCUACACCCCUGCGAACUAUCUCUCUCUACACCCCAGCUGAACUAUCUCUCUCUACAACCCCGCUGAACUAUCUCUCUCUCAACACCCCUGCUGAACUAUCUCUCUCUACAAACCCCCGCUGACUAUCUCUCUCUCUACACCCCUGCUGAACUAUCUCUCUCCUACACCCCUGCUGAACUAUCUCUCUCUACACCCCUGCUGAACUAUCUCUCUCUACACCCCUGCUGAACUAUCUCUCUCUCUACACCCCUGCUGAACUAUCUCUCUCUACACCCCUGCUGAACUAUCUCUCUCUCACACCCCUGCUGAACUAUCUCUCUCUACACACCCCUGCUGAACUAUCUCUCUCUCUAACACCCCUGCUGAACUAUCUCUCUCUACAACCCCUGCUGAACUAUCUCUCUCUACACCUGCUGACUAUCUCUCUCUAACACCCCUGCUGAACUAUCUCUCUCUACACCCCUGCGGAACUAUCUCUCUCUACAACAACCCCUGCUGAACUAUCUCUCUCUACACCCCUGCUGAACUACUCUCUCUCUAACAAACCCCCGCUGAACUAUCUCUCUCUCUACACACCCCUGCUGAACGAUCUCUCUCUCUCCCCCCUGCUGAACUAUCUCUCUCCUCUACAACCCCUGCUGAACUAUCUCUCUCUACAACCCCUGCUGAACUAUCUCUCUCUACACACCCCUGCUGACAUCUCUCUCUACAAACCCCUGCUGAACUAUCUCUCUCUAACACCCCUGCUGAACUAUCUCUCUCUACACCCCCUGCUGGGAAAUAUCUCUCUCUACAAAACCCCCCGCUGAACUAUCUCUCUCUACACCCCCUGCUUGAACUAUCUCUCUCUACAACACCCCCUGCUGACUAUCUCUCUCUAACCCCCUGCUGAACUAUCUCUCUCUACCCCCGCUGAACUCUCUCUCUACCACCCCUGCUGAACUAUCUCUCUCUACACCCCUGCUGAACUAUCUCUCUCUACACCCCUGCUGAACUAUCUCUCUCUACACCCCUGCUGAACUAUCUCUCUCUACACCCCUGCUGAACUAUCUCUCUCUACACCCCUGCUGAACUAUCUCUCUCUACACCCCUGCUGAACUAUCUCUCUCUACACCCCUGCUGAACUAUCUCUCUCUACACCCCACACGUCUCGAUCUCAAGCAGUGGAACGUGUUUCUCCUAAUUGUCAACUUUAUUACAACGUUUCGCCAUCUUAUUAACUAACGUUGGGCCGACGUCGUCAAUCUAACCAACUCCUUUCCACUUGGCUUGGCAUAUUGGACCCGCUGCAGCUCCUAAUAAUGCAGUAUGUUCUCUGUGUGUGCUUUUGAUAGGGAGAAGUAUGCGUCUAGCUUCUAAACACGUGUUCCGUUUGAAAACAAUAGCAGCACCAGCCUUUGCAUAAUCUGAACUCAUUUUCUGGCUCGUCUGGGUUUUGUUGAAACUUAAUUGCCUUUUUUCUUUUUCUUUUGAGCGAGAAAAAUAAAGAUAAACAAACAUAAAGAAGUAAGCAUAUCAGCUCCUGUUGGCAUCUGGGGACUAUUAAGAGAGUGUGUGUGUGUGUGUGUGUGUGUGUGGGUGGGUGUCUGCACUCAUGCGUUUCUAUUUGUUUGUUUUUAUCAACUAUUGAUCGAGUUUUUGGAUGCUGUGUGUGUGUGUGUGUGUGUGUCUGACUGUAAAAACCUUCCGGUGUGUGUGUCCAGAACAAUGCGGAGCGGUUGCGCAGGGCGACAGAGAGACUGCGUAGUCCUGUGGUCUUCAGUCAGGAACCAGCUGUCAGGAAAACACAGCUCCGGUCCUUCAGCCAGUAUGUGGAGGCCAGGCCAGGUGAGACACACACCUUACGUGUUUACAAACAGUCACAGUCACCAUGCUGACACUCGUUGCCCACCAAACUCACAUACACACACACACCUCACCACCCCUCUCACACACACACACAUACACACACACACACAUAAUACACACAAGCCCUCAUCUCCCCAUGACACCAUACGGUCUCUCUCUCUCACCUCUGUGUGUGUUUGUGUUGUCUCACUGUGUGGCCCAUGAGGUGUGAAUGUGUCACAAAUCAGGUUCAACAUCUCUCUCUCCCUCCCUUCUUCUCUCUCUCUCCCUUCUCUCCCUCCCCCUCUCCCUCCCCUCUCUCCCUCCCUCCCCUUCUCCCCUCUCCCCCUCCCCUCCCUCUCUCCCCUCUCCCCUUCUCCCCUCUCCCCCUCCCCUCCCUCUCUCCCCUCUCCCCUCUCUCUCUCCCCUCCCUCUCUCCCCUCUCCCCUCCCUCUCUCCCCUCUCCCCUCCCUCUCUCCCCCCUCUCUCUCCCUUCCCUCUCUCCCCCCUCUCUCUCCCAUCCCUCUCUCCCCUCCCUCUCUCCCCUCCCUCUCUCCCCUCCCUCUCUCCUCUCCCUCUCUCCCCUCCCUCUCUCCUCCCCCUCUCUUCCCCUCUCUCUCCUCCCCCUCUCUCCCCUCCCUCUCUUCUUGUCUUCAGAGGUAAAGCGUCAGAGAUCAGUACCAGAGGAUCUGAGGCGAGCGGGCGAGGAGAGAGGACUGGCACCAGACACCGACGCUCGCAAGCCUUAUGAAGAUGAAGUACUUUACGCAUAUAUAAUUCAUCCCUCCUUCCUCCCUCCUUCUCUCUUUCCUCCCUCCAUCCCUCCUUCCCUCCCUCCAUUUCCUCUGUCUUGUUCAGACGUGGUCUCCUGAAAACCCCGGAGAGAAGAGGCUCUUUCCUGUUCUUCUUCUUCUUCCUCUGUCUUUGUCUGAUUCUUUAGAUGUCAGCCUGGCGCACGGUAAAGCCUGUGCAUCAGCCCUGCACCUCGCCUGGCAGAUAAACGACAAGAGAAAGAACCAGAGGAAGAAAGAAAUAAUAAUUAUUCGUAGCCCACUCCCUUCCCUGUUUCCGCUUUUAUUUUCCCACCUCUCCUCUCCCCAUCCUCCCCUCCCCUCCUCUCCUCCAUCCUUUAGAUAUGUCAAUCAGAGACCACUCCACCUCUCUUUCCCUUCUUCAUUCCCUCUCCAAAAGAUAUCCUGUAUUAUCAAGGAAAGAGGAGGAGGGUGGGGAGCGUUUAAUUAUAUAACAUAGGCAAGUUACCUAUUCUCCGAGAGAGAGAGAGAGAGAGAGAGCGAGUAGGAGAGAGAAGAGAAGAGGAGAGAGAGAAGAGAGAGGAGAGAGAGACGACGCAUCGUCUCGUCUCUCUGCUCUCGCUCUUCUCUCUCGCUCCGCUCUCUCUAUCUCUCUCUCUCUCUUCUCUUCUCUCUUCUCUCUUCUCUCUAUCUCUCUCUCUCUCUCUCUCUCGCUCUCUCUCUAUACCUUUUUUUUCAUGUCCACUUACCUCGUGUUUUGUUCCACAGGCGAACUCAGAAUCCCUCUCUCCCCUACCUCCCUGACUCCCCUGCCGGGGCCCUGAGGUUAAUGGGUGUUCAACCUUUCCAUUAUCCCCAUCAGUCCUGAAUUACCUGCUGAAUGAUGUUUGCAUUAAUAUAAUAUAUAUGGUAAUGCCUCAGGUCUAAUUAAGGCUGGGUCCAGGCCCGCCAGGCAGGGGGAAUGGUCUGAUCAUGUGUAAAAUUGAUUUGAGGAGGAGAAAUAUGUGAUAGAGCGAGAGGGAGAGAGGAGAGAGAGCAGGGGGCCGGGAAUCAGCACCUCACAGAGUUGCUCACAGACACACACACUCUUGAAGACCACACACCCACACGUAGGGAGGAGUGCAGGAAAAGUGCUGGCCAGUGUGGAAUAAAAUAAUCUAGCUUUCUCUCUCCCUUCCACCCCCCCCCCCCCCCCCCCCCCCCCCGCCCCCCCCCACCCAGCCUCUCUCUCUCUCCUCCUCUCUCUCCUCUCUCUCUCGCUCUCUGUCCGCUCUGUCUCUUCUCUCUCCCGCUUCUCUCUCUCUCUCUCUCUCUCUGUCUGUCCCCUCUCUGUCUCAUCUCCGCUCUCUCCUCUCUCUCUCGUGUCUCUCUCUCGCCUCCUUCCAUCUCCUCUCCCCUCUCCGAACUCCGUCCUCUUCCACUUACGAUCUCUCUUGGGUUCAUCUCUCUCUCGUCAGUCUCCGUCUCUUCUCUCGUCUUACUCUCCCUUCAUUUUCGCUCGUCAUCUCUACUCUCCAUCUCAUCUUUCUCGAAUUCUCCCUCUCUCGGUCUCCUCGAUCUCUCGGGUCUCAUCUCUGGGUGUCUCCAUCACUCCGGGUCUUCUCUCUUUUCUCGUCCUUCUUUCGUCGUCUUCGGCCUCUGCUGGUCUAGUCUUUUCUCUCUCUCUCCUCUCAUGGUCGUCUGUCCCGUCUCUCUCGGUCAUCAUCUCUCUCUCAGCACUCCUCUUUCUCUCCGUUCUCUCUUCGUGGGUAGAGGCGGUCAAUAGGCCGUACGUCGCUCCGCCAAAAUGGGAUGGGCGACCGCGGACACUCUCUCGGAUUCAAGAAAUGCCGAUAUCGCCGCCGUGACCGAAGAGGGGCAAGGGGUCGUGUAUUCUAGGGAUUGAUGACGUUGGUUUGGGUGUCUGUCUUUCGUCGGAGAGUAUUCCGCGUAUAGACGGGUUCUUGGCUCUGGUGCGGUGUGGGAUGCGCCCUUCGGAGGAUAUCAAACCACUGUUUACGGUCGCUGUGCCCCAGACAUUGUUUUUUCAUCCAGCACCGGGUUCCCUCCCUCGUCAAGGGGCUCGGUGGAUUUGCCAAACUCGCUGUGGUUGUCCAUGCUCAUUCCCGGCUGUCCCUCUUUACUAGGCUCGGACACUCUGGAAAAAUAUCCGGAGGGCUGAUGCCUCGAGUGAUUAGAAUGGCAAUUUGGAAAAUAGGGUUGGGGCCGUGGCCCCGCUGUUAGAGUAUGGUUAGGGAGUCUCCCGGUUUAUUUGGAUUUAAGCUCUGGUAUGGGGCUUAGUUUGGUCGGCUAAUCAGCGCAGGGAGUCCCUCAAUAAAGACGGUAUCCAUCUGGGAUCGUCCCUUGCCACUGUUCUUCCUUCGAGGUCCUGUCGUUCUCUUCUGCUGCUCUUCUCUUCUUUUUCUCUUCCUUUUUCUCUUUCUGUGCUCCUUUCUCCCCUGGUCUUGUUCUAAUAAGAAAUAGGUUGGAUCAGCAGCUGGACUAUUGUUAAAUAUACUGUAUUUUUCCGAGUAAUCCCUAUUAGUGACCUAAUUUGAGAGAAACAUUUUGCCCUCUUUUUCUGAGGACAAGUCUACGGGAAAAGUAAGCAGGAGAGGAGAAAGCAUGGUGAGAGAAGGAUGUGCCUCUUAUCUACAUUCUACUCCUUCGCUCUUCUCUACCUCUCUAGCCUUAUCUUUUAUAUAUUUUAUCUGUAUAUAUGUAUAGGAUUGACUUGAUUACAAUGGAUAUAAUGAGAUGUUGAAUCGUCAUUAUAGAGUAUAUACGUAUAAUAAUUCUAUAAUUAGAAUGAAGUCUAUUUGUACUCAUGUCUCUUUUAUUAUAAACUUAGAUCACUUCUUAAUUUAUAUCCGUAUCGAAUUAUCUCCCGUCUCUUUUUAUCGCCGGCUCUCCGUCUCUCCUUCUCUUUUGCUCCUCUCUUCUCUCCGUCUCUCCUUCUCUCUUUCUUUUUCUCCUUCCUUCCUCUGUUUUCUCUCCCUUCUCUUUUUCUCGCCUUCUCUCUUUCUCUUUUUCUCUCCCUUUCUCUUUUUCUUCUUUCUCUCCCUUCUCUCCUUCUUCUUUUUCUCUCCUGCUUCCUUCUCUCUUUAUCUCCUUUCUCUCUUUCUCUCUUCUAUUUUUUCUCUCUUGUUUUCUCUCUUUCUCGCCUCUCUUGUUUCUCUCCCUUCCUUCUUUUUCUCCUCCUUCUCUUUUUCUGCCUUCCUCUUUCUCUCCUUCUUCUUUCUCUGUUUGCUCUCCUGUCUCUUUUUCUCUUUUUAUCUCUUACUCUCCUCUCUCUUGCUCUUUUUCUCCUUUUCUCUCCUUUUUUUCUCCCACCCUUUCCUUCUCUCCUUACUCUCUUCCCUCUUUAGUAUCUACUGACCCUUGUCUCUUUAUUGGACCUCUACCUUCAUUCCUUAUAUUGAGUUAGGGUUCUCUCUUCUCUUUUUUCUCUCCUUCCGUUGUUUUUUCUGCCUUAACACCAGUUGGCACCUGAUCCUAUAAGAUCAUGACUAACGUCAAGGGAUUUGUUGGUCCGUUUCUUCUUUUUCUCUGAAGUACUCCUCUUCGCUCCUCUUCGGUUUUCUCUUCCUUCUCUCUUUCUCUCCUGUCUCUCUUUCUCUCACUGUCUCUGGUAUGUGUCUCCUACCUUCUCUUUUUCUCUGCCUUCUCAUCCUUCAUUCUCUUUCUUCUCGGCCCUCUCUCCUUUGCUCUUGAGCCUUCUCUUCAUUAUCUCUCCUUCGUCGUCAUAUUUCUCUCUUUUCUCUCCUUCUCUUUUUCUCCUCCCCCUUCCUCUUUUUCUCUCCUUCUCUCCCUCCUCUCCUUCUCUCUUUCUCUCUUUCUGCUCCUUCUCUCUUUCGCUCCCUUCUCUCCUUCUCUCUUUCUCUACUCCUCGCUUUCUCUCUUUAUCUUUUGUCCUCUCUUCUCAUCCUUUCUGCCCUUCGUAUGUGGAGAUGUAAACAACAAUCCUAUAUAUUAUCAACAACUCCUCCUAGUUGGAUCUAUUAGAUCCCCCCAUCUCUGUCACAUAUGGAACGGCUCGCAUUAGGUGCUCUGUUUAGAGCGGUGGUGUUUUUCCCACAAAUUGCAUUUUGGCAAAUGUUUGAAAAUGACGUUUUAUUAGCUGCUUCAUUACAGGACUUGCAUGUUCAAUAAUAGGCUAUUAAGACAAUAGCUCAUAAUGAAACAUUUCCAUUCCUCGUAUGCAUGCAUAGUAUUUUCUGUUAGGCUUUAUUUUUUACAGUUUGUUGACCGGUUAAUGAGGGUUGGUUAGCCAGCAGCAAAAUUGAAUGAAAUGUAAGCUAAUUACAGGGUAUUUUCUGUCUAGAAAAUUCUUAGGCGGGCCGUCUAAGUGAACGUUUUCGUGAUGGAAAAACAGUUUGCGUCAACUUAAAAGACCAGAUAGAAAGCAGAAAAUAUACUUUAUAUGUUUUUUAAUAAUGCCAUCUCUGAGAACUAACAAUGAGGUAUAAGGUAGACAGUCAGGGAGAGUCGAACAUUCAAAAUACCAGGCAUUCAGAGCACAUGCCCAUUGAUUUUGGUAUAAUGUUUAAGCACAGGAAAACAGCAUUAGCCAUGGCAAAAUGCAUAGAAGUACAGAAAAUUAGCUUUAAAACUGCAAAAUUGUCUCUCAGCUCCAUGCCGAACUGUGUAGAAUUGCUGGAAAUUAGCUUCAAAACAGCAACAUUUUCUUCAGCUCAAUGGAAGAAAAGAAAAAUAAUAAUUGCAAAAAAAUAGUUUUCACAACAGCAAAAUGUUCUACGGCACCAAGAUUCCUUCUAGCUAAUAGACCAUGUUAGAGUUUACACUUCCUCUUCCAAUGAACUGUGGGGGUGGUCAAAAUAAUGACACUGUCUACCAAAUCUAUUCAUUUUAAAUGUUGAUUACUUCUACUAGCCAUUGUCAUUCACCUGAAAAUAAGACAAGCUGUGAUUUUUUUUGGUAACAUAUGAUGGGGUUGCUGGUUUGCCUGGGUGGGGGUCCCUUGGCAAGAAAAGUUAGAAAACCCCUGAUCUAACGAUUCUAAUAAUUAGCUGGUUCAUGAAGUGAAUCAGAUUAGUUACAACUGGGGUUGGAGUGAAAACCUACAGGAGCGUAGCUCUCCAGGAAAGGGUUGGAGUGAAAACCUACAGUCCGCGUAGCUCCCAGGGAACAGGGGUUGGAGUGAAAACCUACAGGAGCGAUAGCUCUCCACACAACAAGGUUGGAGUGAAAACCUACAGGAGCGUAGCGCUCCAGGAACAAGGGUUGGAGUGAAAACCUAACAGGAAGCGUAAGCUCUCCAGGAACAGGGUUGGAGGGAAAACCUACAGACCAGAGCGUAGCUCUCCAGGAACAGGGUGUUGGAGUGAAAACUACAGUAGCGUAUCUCUCCGGAACAGGGUUGGAGUGAAAACCCGACAGGAGCGUAGCUCUCCAGGAACAGGGUUGGAGUGAAAAACCUACAGAGCUUAGCUCUCCAGGAACAGGUUGGAGUGAAAAACCUACGGAGCGAAGCUCUCCAGAACAAUGGUUGGCGUGAAAACUCAGGAUCGUGCUCUCCAGGAACAGGGUUGGAGUGAAAACCUACAUGACGUAGCUCUCCAGGAACAGGGUGGAGUGAAACCUAUCGGAGCGUAGCUCAUCCAGGAACAGGUUGAGUGAAAACCUACAGCGCGUAGCCUCUCCAGAAACACGGUUGGAGUCGACAACCGACAGGAGCGUAGCCUCCAGGAAACAGGGUUGGAGUGAAAACCUACAGGAGCGUAGCUCUCCAGGAACAGGGUUGGAGUGAACACCUACAGGAGCGUGCUCUCCCGUAACAGGGUUGGAGUGAAAACCUACAGAGCGUAGCUCUCCAGGAACAGGGUUGAGGUGAAAACCUACAGGAGCGUAGCUCUCCAGGACAGUUGGACGUGAAAACCUACAGGAGCAGUACAGCUUUCUCCAGGAACGGGUCCGGUAGUGAAAACCAGCAGGAGCGUAGCUCUCCAGGAACAGGGUGGAGUGAAAACCUACAGGAGCGUAGCUCUCCAGGCACAGGUUGGAGAGCCCUGGUACUAGACCUAGUGGCCUAAAUAAGUGGCAAAUGGCGGCGAGUGUUGGACUGUGACAUCAGAGGUUAAGAGUGGGUGACCCCUGACCCCAUCCAUACAGGGAGAGUAAAUUAGGACGAGAGGGCCUAGUUACAAGUCAAGGAGUAUAAUAGUGUAUCACAAGAGAAAAGGUUUGGGUUGAGGAGCAUGUCGGGAGGGGACUAGUCAGUUUCCAGGUGUGCCGACUAUAACAGAAGUCCUUAUCAUGUCUGGUAAGCUGCCUAUCUAUAGCCACAGCUCUGUGAAGAGUGAGGGAGGAGAGAGAAGAAACACUAAACAACAACAAUAAGAAGGGAACAACACCAACAACAACAACAACAACAACAACAAGGCCGUUAUCGUGGGGCUUCUCAGUCUUCAAAUGAAAGCCUUUUGUUUAAAAGAAAAUCUCCUCUCUUCCCCGUUUAAUAAAGGACAACGUUUUGAUGCUGUAUUUGAUUCCUGUUUGAUGAUGAAUUAUAACCCCUCCUUUUCUGUUUCUCUCUUUCUCUCCCUCUUUCCCUCUGUUUAUAUCUCUCUCUCUUUCUCUCCCUCUUUCCCUCCAUUUCUCUUUCUCCUCUCUACCUCUUUCUCUCCUGUCUCGUCUUGUUCCUCCCUCUCUUCCUCUGUUUCUCUCUUUCUGGAUUUUCUCUCUGUUUCUCUUCCCCCUCUUUACCUCUCCUUUCCUCUCUCUCUUCUCCUCCAUCUCCCCCUCUUCUCUCUGUUCUCCCCCCACCCUCCGUCUACCAGAAGGCGUUCAAAGACACCAGUCAGUACGUGGUCGGGGAGCUGUCUGCUCUGGAGAGCGAGCAGCGCCACAUCGACGCCCGGGCGGCGCGCGUGGAGAAGAGGCUCCGCUAUCUCAUGGACACAGGUACCAAGCCCAAUUACACUGGAAAACUGUUUUGGCAAAUUGAGCGUUUCACACAAACUCUCACGGAGUUGGGGAAGUGUGUGGAGGCUGUGUGUGAGGCUGUGGUGUCCCAAAUGGCACCCUAUUCCCUAUGUAGUGCACUACUUAUAUGGAGCCCGAUGCACUAUAUAGGGAAUAGGGUGCCAUUUGGGACGCGGUGUGGAAUCUUUGAAGCAGUGAAUGUUGUGUAGCUACGGAGGGAGGGAGGGAGGCGAGAGAGCGAGAGGUGAUAUGAGGGGCUGGCUGGUGGAUAUGAAAAGGGGGGAGAGUGGGGGAAAUGGGGGAGAGUGGGAGUAGAGGGUGAUAGAAGGGGGGAAGAAGGAGGAUAGAUGGGGGGAGAGAAGGGGAGACCUCUCUGGGCCAGGGUGAUAAGAGAGUCUUCAUGGGAAAUGAUAACCAGGCCUGAUAGUGUCCCACCAGUGGGGGGGGAGAGCCCCCAGCCAGCCUGCUCAGCUCACAUCGAACAGUGUGCUCAGCCAUGCACAGCCCCCUCCUCCCCCUUCCCAGUACAUAUCUGGUCUUCAAUGAUAUGCAGCAGAAGGGGAGAGGGGGAUGAUUGGUGGGGGUUAAGUGAGGGGGGGGGGGCAUUUAAAAUAAUGCAAGAGGUAACCUACCAACUGAGAAACACACACAACACACUGAGAACAAUACACCACACCCACACACUGAGACCACAACACACCCACACUUAGAACACAACAACACACCACUUAUAACACAACCACCCACCUUAGAACCAUCAUAACCACACAAACGCUUCAACUCACACACACACCACACUUGAUAAGCCCAACAUAAACCCACACACCAACUCUUACACUCCCACCACACACUUAUACACCCAACCCCACAAAAACGCUUACCUAACUCAACACACACACACACUUAUACCCCACACACACACACUGAAAGCAACAACAACACACACACACAACACACACACACUGAGAACACAACACACACACACUGAGAACACAACACACACAAACGCUUAACUCAACACACACACACUGAGAACACAGCACACACACACUGAGAACACAACACACACACUGAGAACACAACACACACAACUCCUUAACCUCAACAAACCACACACACACUGAAACACAACACAACACACCAACACAACACCACUGAGAACACAACCACACACACUGAGAACACAAACACAAACACACCCAUCACACUGAGAACACACACACCCACAACACACAAACGGGAACCACCACACACACAUUGAGAACACAACAUAACACACACAAACGCUUAACUCAACACACACACACUGAGAACACAACACACACAAACGCUUAACUCAACACACACACACACUGAGAACACAACACACACACACUGAGAACACAACACACACACACACUGAGAACACAACACACACAAACGCUUAACUCAACACACACACAAGGACACACACACUUAACCCAACCCACUCACACACAGAUUCACACACUCAAAAGUGUGAUCUUUUGGCUUCCAUACAGGCUGAUUGGUUGGGAAGCGUUGGCUGGUGUGUAACCUUGUAAAGACAUGAAACAGACAGGUGUCUGAGCCAAGGGGCUCGGUUCCAUUGAGUCCUGUACUGAACAACCUCGAAUAGGUGGCUGCCCAAAAUUGUAACCCCUAUCCCUACUAGUGUCCCUACUUUUGACCAGCUCUUCCAUAGGGUGUCCCAUAGGGCUCUGGUCAAAAGUAAUGCACUUUUAGGGAAUAGGGUGCCAUUUGGAAUGCAGGCUAGCAUUCUGUUACUGAUACUAAACAAUUUAUCCUCACAAAAGUGUUUGGAAAAAGAGAGAGGAGGGGGAGAAGCGAGGCAGAGAGAGGGGAGAAAGCAACACCAGGGUGGAGGGAUUUGGGAUUUUACUGCUCCUCCCGUAUCGAGACCAUCUCACUGUUUGUUGCAUAUGCCUCCCUCCAUCCCUCUCUCCCUCCAUCCCUCUCUCCCUCCAUCCCUCUCUCCCCCCAUCCCUCUCUCCCUCCAUCCCCUCCUCCCUCCAUCCCUCUCUCCCUCCAUCCCUCUCUCCCUCCAUCCCCUCCAUCCCUCUCUCCCUCCAUCCCCCUCCUCCCUGCCCCUCCUCCCUCCAUCCCUCUCAUCUCCCAUCCCAACCCUCUCUCCUUCCCGUCCAUCCCUUCUCCCUCCCUCCCUUAAUUCCCUUCCCUCGCCCUCCCUGCUACCUCCGCCCCACUCUCUCUCCCUCCAUCCCUCCAUGCCCUCUACCCCUGUAGGAGUGAAUGCCAUUGUGUCAAUCUGA